AUGUCGUCAUCGACCUUGCGAUUACUACCAUUGCAUGAAAAUCGAGAUUUUUAUGAACAUGUUCUCGAACUUCUCAAUGAUGAAUGGCCACAAUCGAAAACGAUUCGCAUGCGACGUUUAGAACGCUCUUGUAAUGAUUUACCGUUGUCUUAUAUUCUUCUCGGUGAUCAAAAUCAACUAAUUGGCUAUUGCUAUGUCGAUCGGAUGUUCAACGAGGAACAGAGCGUCAUUGUCGAAUCUGUUUGUAUUCAACGAAAUUUACGAGGACACGGUUACGGAAAAAUCUUGAUGAAAUUCUUAGAAGAUCAUCUUCGCGAGAGGAUGCCGAAAAUCGAAUGGAUUUAUUUAACAACAACUGACAAACGUCAUUUUUAUGAGAAAUGUGGAUACGAAGAAACCAGUGCACGUGUUCGAUUGAACAUUUCCAGCAAAUUAUUUAACGGGAACGAACAAGCAUUGAAAAAUCUAUUAGCUAGUCAACCAUCAUCAAACACAGAUAGUCAUGUUAUCUUACAAAAAGGUUCAACGAUUCAACGGAUCCAAACUGUUUGGAUGAAAAAACAAAUCUAA